AUGGGAUCAACCGUUCCUCUUCUGCUUCUUCUGUGGCUUGUGGGUCAACUUCAAGGCAGAACCAAAGCCCAACCUAUCGACAGGGUGGAACUGGCUGACAUCAAGGCACUUCUGGAGCGUUUGGAAGAAAAACUCCAGCCGGAAGAAAGCGACACAGGGCUUGGCCGAGGCUUCGAUGAACCGAAUGGCGAAACGGCGGAAGACGCUUACGAAACUCUGCCUUCCUGGGAAGACGAAUACGCACAGCCCCAAAGCGAAGGUGGCUUCGGCCAUGGCAGGCGGCAGCCACCAGAGAGGAUGCCGGCAGCCACGAGGAACAAAUUGAGGGCACUUUUCAGUGCCCCCCGCAACAGAACUGAAGCGAAACCUGAAAUUAGCAACGAUCUCCGUCUCCAGCAAGUAACCUCCAAGCCUUUCUUCGAAACCCCCUGA